AUGUCUACGACUACUCUUCCUAUAUUGCUGCCGGGAUAUGCAAUUCCAAAGUCGAUAUCUACACCACACCUUGACUGGAAACCACGAAGAUACCUUUCGGAACCCCAACCUCCGCCUCAGGAUGAAGGAAAGUUGUUGGAGCAAGAGUUAGCAAACGCGCGACAAAUGAUUGAUGGCAAAAUCAUUAAGAAGACACGACCUCGGCGGACGGUGGAUUACAACGGUGGCAUGGGUAGAUGGGCUCUGCUUCGGAAACUUCGACCCAAUCCUAACUAUGUACCUAACCUGCGGCCUGCUCCUCCUUUCAUCAUCGACCUCCUUCCUCCUAAAGCAUACCCCGAAAACCCAUCUACUUCAUUAUGUACCAAGUUCGUGCACACAUCCACGAAUAAAAUUCGCUGUCCGGUGAACGUCGUCACGUGGACACCAGAAGCUCGACGUGUUCUGACUGGAUCAACAAGCGGAGAAUUCACGCUAUGGAACGGUCUUACCUUUAAUUUCGAAACCAUCCUUCAAGCACACGACUCUGCCAUCUGUGCUAUGACAUUCACCCAUUCUGGCGCCUACCUUGCCUCAGCAGAUAAAACAGGAAUCAUAAAAUACUUUGAACCUAAUAUGAACAACUUAACGGCUUGGCAAGGCUCCUCUUCGCGCGAAGCUAUCCGCGGGCUAAGCUUCAGUCCAGAUGACAGACGGUUUGCAACAGCAAGUGAUGAUUCAAGUAUCCGGAUUUGGUCCUUUGCAGAGCGACGGGUUGAGAGCGUGUUGAGCGGACACGGAUGGGAUGUGAAAUGCGUGGAAUGGCAUCCAACGAAAGGUCUUUUAGUGUCUGGUAGUAAAGAUAACCAAAUUAAAUUUUGGGACCCUCGUACGGGAACUGUACUGUCGACCUUACACCAACACAAAAAUACUAUACAAGCUCUUUCCUGGUCACCGAACGGCAACAUGGUCGCUAGUGCCUCUCGAGACCAGACCGUUCGAGUUUUUGAUAUCAGAGCAAUGAAAGAGUUUAGGGUUCUCAAAGGUCACAAGAAAGAAGUUUGUUCGGUGACUUGGCACCCAGUGCAUCCUUUGCUGGUUUCCGGUGGAUCAGAAGGAGCGAUCCUCCACUGGGACCUUUCCACUCCUGACGACAACUCCUUUACACAAGCUGUGUCCGCGCCCCGAGCAACGCUGUCACAGGCACAUGACUCGAAUGUGUGGUCAGUCGCAUUCCACCCAUUUGGUCACUUACUCGCCAGUGCCUCCAACGACCACACAACGCGCUUCUGGAGUCGAGAACGCCCGGGAGACGCGACUUCUGUAUUCUCUGGUGGUGGAGAGAAACCACCGGAGAUUGUCGACAUGCAAGGGCAAGAAGAGGAGGAGGACGCGAUGGUGCCCGGCUUCGGAGCUGGAGGCGGUGGCGGCAACGCUGCUUGGUGGGGCAAAGAGGAAGAUGGCGGCGCUGGUGGUGGUCCCUCAGACAUUGGUCCUAGGAGAGGCGGUGGUUACCCAGAUCAUGCGGAGGAAGAUUUUAUACCAGGCUUUGGAGGUGGUCCACCAGCAGAUUCCCGGCCGAGACAGAACGGGUACUCGUCCAUGGCUCACGACUCUUAUGAAAACAGCGAGAAGGAUGAGUUUGGUCGGGACCGUGAUCUCAACAGUGGUGGGGGACACGGCCACAGUGAUGACUGGGGCCGUGGAGGAGGCGGUGGCGGUGGUUAUAACCGCGGAGCUCGUUUCGGACCGUCUAGACGGGGGCGAUAUUGA